AUGCCGGGCAGCGACACGGCGCUGGCCGUGGAUAGGACGUACUCGGACCCCGAGCGGCACCGGCGCCGCAAGACGCGGGUGGAAAGACAUGACAUGAAUACCCUGAGUUUACCACUUAACAUUCGCCGUGGAGGCUCUGACACCAACCUGAACUUUGAUGUACCAGAUGGGGUCCUAGAGUUUCACAAAGUCAAACUCAGUGCAGAUAGCUUGAAACAGAAAAUUCUUAAGGUUACAGAACAAAUCAAAGUUGAACAAACAGCUCGAGAUGGAAACGUGGCUGAGUAUUUGAAACUGGUAAAUAGUGCAGACAAGCAACAGGCUGGGCGCAUUAAACAAGUCUUUGAGAAAAAGAACCAGAAAUCUGCCCACUCCAUUGCCCAGCUACAGAAGAAAUUGGAACAGUAUCAUAAAAAGCUCAAGGAUAUUGAACAAAACGGUCCUUCCAAAAGUACUAAGGAUACUUCCAAAGAUAACUUGAAAGAUACUCAGCAUGGAAAGCCUCGUACCUCUGGGCAUGGAACAGAGAGCAUCAAGUCGGGUGUGCCGGGUGUAUCCUUGACACCACCUGUCUUUGUUUUCAGCAAGUCUAGAGAGUUUGCAAACCUGAUCCGAAACAAAUUUGGUAGUGCAGACAACAUUGCUCAUCUCAAAAAUACUUUGGAUGAAUUCCGGCCAGAAACGAGUUCUAGAACAUAUGGAGGCAGUGCCACCAUUGUUGCCAAACCAAAAUACGUUAGUGAUGAUGAAUGCUCAAGCGGGACCUCUGGCUCAGCAGAUAGUAAUGGGAAUCCUUCCUUUGGUCCUGCUGUGGCAAGUACCCUGGACAGCCAAGGAAAGCUUUCCAUGAUUUUGGAGGAACUAAGGGAAAUCAAGGAGACACAGUCCCAAUUGGCUGAUGAUAUUGAGAAUUUAAAAGCACAAUUUAAAAGAGACUAUGGCUUUAUUUCUCAGAUGUUACAAGAGGAAAGAUACAGAUACGAAAGAUUGGAAGACCAGUUAAAUGACCUCACUGAUCUUCAUCAACAUGAGACGGCAAACUUGAAACAAGAGCUAGCCAGCAUAGAGGAGAAAGUAGCGUAUCAGGCAUAUGAGCGAUCACGAGAUGUUCAGGAAGCCUUGGAAUCAUGCCAGACACGGGUUUCAAAGCUGGAGCUCCAUCAGCAAGAACAGCAAGCACAGCAGUCCGAAACAGUUAAUGCCAAAGUGCUCCUGGGGAAAUGUAUAAAUGUUAUCCUGGCCUUCAUGACUGUCAUCUUAGUGUGUGUUUCUACUAUUGCAAAGUUCAUUGCUCCUAUGAUGAAGAGCCGUUUUCAUAUCAUUUGCACUUUUUUUGCAGUGACACUGCUGGCAAUAUUUUGUAAAAACUGGGAUCAUAUCAUUUGUGCCAUAGAAAGGAUGAUUAUACCAAGAUGA